GAUUCUAGCAAACACGCUUUUGGAUAGGAUUUUUGUUAUUAUUAUUCAUACUGAGUUGAACAUCAACUAGCAAAUUCAUAUAUUUUCGCGGCUUUUAGCGAGAGAGAAGUAGGGAUUUGAGAAGAGGGUUCUGUCUCUUAUAGACGACCUCAUUCUGAAUUAGGCAUAAUCAAAGAAAGGAAGAAAUAGCAACCAAAGCCAUUAUUAUCGUCUACUUAAAAUCUACUCGCAAGAUUCUCGAAAAGAAAGAGAUCUCAAAUCUGAAUCUCGGCAGAGAAAGUAACCAAAGCAUUGCCAACCAUGAAAAUUACACAUACAACCUAUAACGCGGUACGGGGCGGAGCGACUAGUCCAGCUGCUCCCCUAUCUCACAGUCCCCAAUUCAUAACCACACCCACCGCAUUCCGAUUCGAUACCCGUACACCUCCACCCUUCGACGCUCCUCUUGCGUCUCCAUCUCGGCCUCCCAGUAACUCCUUGGUACAUACUACUCGCCGACUAAAACGGUAUUUGAAAACCUCCUUUCGCAAUCGGACACGGCCGGUGAGUCGGCGGCUUUCGCGAUCGAGACAGGGGACCAGUAUACGGUAUCCGCCUGGGGAGAUGCAUCCAUCGACUGUUCCGACACAGGUUGGGAAAUAUCACAGUGGGAGCGUGCGCGGGAGUUUUUCGUCCAAAGGGGAGGAGAGACUGGUGGGGGAGAGAGGAAGUCAGAGUUAUGAGAGGGGCUUGGAAACGCGAUAUAAGCAUGCGAAGGGGAAGAAGCGAGCGAGUUAUUUGAAGCCGAGAGAGGAGGUGGGAGUGAGUUUGGGGGAGUGUGGAGGGAAGAAGGGGAGGGCCGGGUUGGAUUUCGAGAGUUAUAUGAAACAGCAACGGGGGCUGGAGAGGGAUUUUGGCAAGGGGUAUGUGGGGGCCAAUAGUCCGCCUAGUUCGUCGAGUUUGAACGGGGUGGCGGGGAAAAAUGAGAGGGAGCUGCGGAAUGGGAGUCCGCCGAAAUUUGUGCCGAGAGAAGAUGCAGGGAGGAGGAAUGGAAUGGGAGAGAAGCAGGGGGGAAUGACGCAGUUGGAUCCGGAGAGUUAUAUGAAACAGCGACGGGGAUUGGAGAGAGAUUUUGGGAAGGGUGUGGGGUAUGCUGGGCAUAGUCCUAGUCCUCCGCAUAGUCGUGGCGAAUCGCCGCAUGCGGCUUUUUCGCGCGGAAAUGCAAAUCAUUCGCCGAUUUCGAUUCCGAGUCCGAUUCCGCCUCCGGAGGGAUAUACUUAUGAGAAUGGGACGGGAAAUACUAGUCAAAGGGAUGGUGUGAGGUUUUCAGAUGUGCAGUGGAGUAGUGGGGGGAGUGCGACAGGGACGACGGGGACGACGGGGACGACGGAUAGUGGGAAUGUUGUGGAGAGCUCGAGGGGGACAGGAGCGGGAUUGACGACGGGAAAGCAUAAGGCUGCGCCGGGACAGAGAUUGAGAAGGAAGGGAAAGCUUGAAGAGAGAGAUCAGAGUCCUGCGACUACGCCGGCUAGUUCCCGUUCGCAGACAAUUAGUAAAGACGAUGAGAUGGUUGGUGAUGAAAAGAGACGCCAGGAAAUGCAUCGGGAUAGCACGGAAGAGGUAACGAGUAUGGAACAGUUAGAAGCGAUGAGAGCGGCGAUGUGGAAUGGCAAAUUGGAAAGAGUAGUCCCACCCAGUUCUGAAAUACCUAAACACGCGGAUGUGCUACAUCACUCGACUCCGAGCUCGAAUUCAAGUCGAGGUAGUAAAAACAGUAAGAAUAGUAGAGGUAAAGGAAAGGGCAAAAAUGUAGAGGGGAGAGCAAGCCCGAUUCAGAAAUUAAAAGGGUAUAUGGGACAGAGUCGCGAUGCUGUGCAUGAUUCCCAUGAGAAAAAGCCGUCUUCGAAGGGAAAGCUACCUAGUCCGUUUGAAUAUUUAUUGUAUCCGAGUUACGAGGGAAGGAAGAGUGGAAGGGAGAGUACCGAAUUGAGGAAAAAUUCAAAGUCGAAGUCAAAGGGCAAGUCUAAGGGAGAGGAAGAUAGUGAUGAUGAUUUCUGGGGAUGUGUCGGCGAAACAAAUAACGAGAGUGGGAUUUUGCUUUCUCACUCCCCUGCUCUCGCAUCAGAAAAGUCUCAUCGAAAUUCCAUUCCUUCCAGGGUCGAAGUUCCAAAGAAUCGCAAACCGAGCGAAGAUUCCUGGAACACACAUCUACACGAUCUCUGCAAGCUUUGUCGGAAAGACGAACGAACUAGUUCUCGCGGUCUCUGUCAUUCCUGCGAGCAAAAUUUCCUCAACACGAAAGCGUGGGAAGAUACGACGCUUCAAUUUGAUGAUGAUGAUAUUCCUCCUACGCCGCCUCUGAAGGAUCGGAGAAAUAUUACGAGGGUGCGCGAUAUGCUGGCUCCGACGCCCCCGAACUAUGAUGUUGAGUAUCGACCGCCUGUUCCUGCGAAAGAUGUUCCUGGGGAAGAGAGAAAGAAGAUCCAUGUAUUGCAAGUUGAGAAGAGUAGACCGCAGAUCGUUAAUCCGUCGCCGGUCAGACAAGAGAGUCAGAUGUUGGUGUAUGGGGGAAUGGGAGAUAGUCCGAGGGAUAUCGAGAUAGGGUUUCCGGAGUGGCAGACGCAUAGUUUGCAGAUUGAAGGAGCGAAGACGGAGGAGAUGUUUAAGAGGUGGUCGCAGAAUUAUAGGGGGAGUGGGAUGGAGGAGAGAAGAGAUGGAGAUGAGCGGGGGAAGGGGGAGGGAGAUUUGGAGGAGCCGAGGGACAGCGUUUUUUAUGAUUUUUGGGGCGAUAUUUUGAAGGAGGAUGGGAGACCUGAAACACCGAGAUUGGAGGAAAGGAAACCGAAAACUUGAGCUUGGAUAAGGUGGUAGAUAAUGUAUGUACGUGUAUGAAUAAUGGAUCGCCGAUACUUUUUUGAACGUUUCUGUGUACGUUGAAAAGACAAUGAUUUGAAUAUCCCACUUGUGGAUUUUUAUGUUAGGAAACCGGAUGUUGUGUUCAUCACAGGUGAUUAAGACGUCUCACUUGAGAUACUCUGGACCUUAGUCUAAAAGAUUGCAAUUCAAUUUGA